CAGCAACAGCCACUAGUAACAGCCACUGGCAACAGCCAGCAGUUAGUUAGCAGUGGCACGCAAGCAAAGAAAGCUGUCUGUCUCGCUUCCCGCCGUCCUCGUCUCUCUCUCUGUCUCCCCCCCUCUCUUCUUCUCCCAUCCAUUUCUGUUUCUAUUUCCAUCUUCAUUGUCUUUUUGUCCUUCUCCUUUCUCACACUCUUCUUCCUCUCGCCUACAAUUUGUGACCUGGCCAGUUUUUUAACCUUGUCGCUUUUGCUACCAAUCGCCCUUGUUCCUACAGCGAUUCCUCGUCUCCCUGCGCCUUUGUAUACAACGUACCCCUCUUCUUUCUAGCCAAGCGCCGUGUACAAAUCAACAACCAUUUUCUCUCCGCGCAAACCGAUUCUCAGGCUUCCUUGUACUGUCUAGGCCGUCUUUAUUUCUCUCUUGUCGGUGUCCAAUGAUUGCACUGUUGCCUGGUUCUCCAUUUCGCCAGCGACUCUUUUACAGUGCUUACUGAUUUGCUUUGAACGAUUGGCGUCUCCAAGGCGUCGAUUCACUAGUUCGCACGGACUCGUUAUAAUAGCCGCCUGCACCCCAUCCUGUCGCCAUACGACGCCACAACUAUCGCCAUUUACUGUUUACCAAGCCAACCUUUGACAUAUUUUGACCUAAAAACAAUCCAAAAUGGCAACAGCAACGCUGCCGAUGCCUAUCCCCGCCAGGGGACCGGCUUCGGCCAUUAGCACACCUACUAUUACCCCUCCUGCGUCUCUCGAGGUCGUUGCAUCUCCUCCUCCGCUCACAGAAGCGGCACUCGCGGCAGGCCAGAGCGGCACUACUGAUAACAGACAUAUUCCUAUUUGCCCAACAGGGCCAGCAAAAGCCACGAGCGAGCUGGAAACACCACCUCCGUCACCAGGAACACAAGAAGAAUAUAAACAAGAAUCGCUCUUGUAUCCGCCAGACGAAUAUCCUUGCAUCGAGGCAGGGCCUCUUACUCUAUACGAAUUAAAUGCUGGCCAAGUCGCUAGAGCCAUGACACAUCACGCCAACCAACCCUUACCACCGCCAUCGCUUGUGUUUCCCUGGUUUCAUGGCCUCCAUCCUCUCAAUCAUAUGCAGCAAACCUUUUUUACUGGGCGUCGCCGAACCGUACGAAAGCCUCCUUCAUGCCUCCGAGGAGUCGUUGUGGUCAAGGCAGACGGCGACUUGACGCUCUCCCGACUCAAGGGUGCUAUAUCACCCGACGAAAUCAUGCAAGACGGGCCGGCAGCCGAGUUUGUGGACCCCGACCCCAGAGAAGGGUUCUCGGUGCGAAACUUUCACAUUCAAUCCGCCAAGAUGGCUCUUGUAUCCGACAUUAUUGUUUAUGGCGAGGACUGUCCUCAUACCCGUAGAGUGGGUUGGGAGAUAGCAGCAGCUCAGCAGGCUUGGCGCCAGAGAAACGAUAUUCAUAGCGAACCGCUACAGGUGUACAAUACGUUUGUCUGCACCAGUCCAUUUGAGGAGUUUGAGGAGCUCUAUAGCGAACUGGUAGCAGUCAAUGGCACUGGUGUGUCUACCGGGCAUGUAAUCGAUUUCGGCCAGCAAGAGAGGCGCGAGAUGUGGGACAUGACACGGGCAUCGGAGAUUUCACACAACGUUUUCAUGGGCCCAACUCCCGAGCAGGGCGGCGAGGAAGAGCAGCAGUUUGACGUGCUAAUUGAAUGCAGCGACAUGGCUAGGCUCAACCCGGAUGCUCUUCGUGAUGUGGCAAAAUGCACCGACGAAAAGGUUUCGGAGGCGUUUCACGAUUUUCCUUCGUCAGGUAGCAUCCUGCCGCCGACGUGGUCCCAGACGGAAGCGGACGGCAUUCUGGCAACGUGCAAAUGGGUAUACCAUAUUGCGCACGGGACGUUUCCUGAGUCUGAAGAAGACGGACACCAACAAGGCGAGGAUAGCAUGAUGCUUGACACCGAGGAGAGCAAAUAUCGGCCGAGACGGAUCCUGAUCCACUGCGCCGACGGAUACACGGAAUCAAGCAUGCUCUGCAUUGCCUACUAUAGCUACAGUACAGGCCAACCUGUGCCAGCUGCCUGGCUGAGCCUGCAUACGGAAAAGGGCCGCAACUUUUUUGCCUACCCAACCGACGUCGCCCUUCUCAAAGCCAUUUCACCAAGACUGAUGCUCAACUCACCGGCUUGCAAAGAUCGAUGCCGCGAAGAGGUGCUGUCUAUGGCCCGGGACGAGCCUGAUUGGCUUCCCGGGUUAGACGGGUCGUUUCCAAGCCGAAUUUUGAACUACCUGUAUUUAGGAAACCUGGGCCACGCCAAUAACCCUGAUCUUUUGCGGGAGCUGGGCAUUGGACAGCUGCUGAGCGUGGGAGAGACGGCAGCAUGGCGUGAGGGCGACUUGGAGAAAUGGGGCGAGGACAACGUGUGCAUGGUGCAAGGCGUGCAGGACAACGGUAUUGAUCCGCUGACGGACGAAUUUACAAGAUGCCUCGAGUUUAUUGAGCGCGGGCGACGGAACGGGACGGCAACGCUGGUCCACUGCCGCGUGGGGGUGUCUCGGAGCGCGACGAUUUGCAUUGCAGAGGUGAUGCGGACGUUUGGCAUGUCGUUUCCGCGGGCGUACUGCUUUGUGCGGGCACGGCGACUCAAUGUGAUUAUCCAGCCGCAUCUGCUCUUUGCGUACGAGCUUCUGCGGUGGGAAGAGGAGCUGCGGCAAGCGGAGCAGGCCGAAGCAGCAGCAACGGCAACAGACGAAGAAGCAGCACAGUCGCCGUCGAUGCGGCGAGAGCUGGACUGGGGAGACAUUACACGCGAGAUUGCGCUGAUGAACCGGCCAUACGCGCGAUGAAUGAGGCCAACACACAAUUACGAAGCAUUUUUGGGGUUGAAUAAUUUCAUGGGCUGUGAUGCCAGGAAGUCCAUUGGCCAGGUAUAUUUUUGUCUUGAUUGUUGACGCUAGGGUAUAUUAUGUUAUAGGCGUCUUGUGGUCCCAAUGACCCUUUUUUUCUUGUCGUUGGUUGAGUUUUGCAUCGGCGUGCUACUGGCAUAGCGCGGGAUGCGUUUGUAUGGAUGACAACGACGAGUAUGACUAUGACGAACGAACUGAUCUUAAUUUGAAGUCUAUAUUUUCUCUC